AUGUCUACAAUCGCUAUCAAGCUUACGAGCUUGGCCGUGCGGACUCUCGCAAAACCUAUUGCUAACAGUAUAAAACAACAAGCAAGAGAACAUCCGAGAUUUCGCUCUAUCUGCAUUGCUAUUGCCCAGGCUGUCCACAGGACGGAUAUCAGGAUUCGUUUAAACCUCUUGCGUGACAGUAGCGCUAUCGAAAGGGCCGAGGAAGAUGAAGAACGACGGAAAUCAUCGGACAAGGGAAAAGAUGAGAAAGGAACCAUCGCAAAGCUGGCAUCCGAUGCUUUCAAAGACGGGAAACAAGAUUCAUUGAAAUCAAGCAGCACACAUCGUGAUCACUCCAUACCACCUUCGCAUUCAUCCGAACUCGACGCCGUCCACGCAAAUCACCCAGUGAAGAAGAAGAAAUCAACAACUCCUCAUAUACGACCCCUAUCGGAUAGCAAGGCGAUAGAACGAGGCGCAGCUUUUAUCUCCGAGUUUUUUCUAUUUUCCGUCGCGGGCGGCCUUAUACUAUUCGAAGCCCUUCGAAGCAGGAAGAAGGAAAUGAACCGGAGGGAUGAAGUGACUGAAAGAUUACAGAACUUAGAAGAGCUGGAUGAAGUUUGGCGAAAAAAGGUUGAAAAUUUAGAGAGAAGGUUGGACGAAGCUGGUAUCAAGCGUAUAGCAGAGCCAGUUUCUGUGGUACAAGAACCAAAGGCGACACCGCCGCCUGCAGGAUGGUUUACAAAGGCUACAGAGUACUUCUCAAAACUACCCUAUAUCAACGACGGGGCACAAUCUCCGCAGAUAUCCAUCAAAACCGACGUGGUUCCAACGAAAGUUUAG